AUGGGGAAUGUGUGGGACAGGAGGCAAAGACAGCUCAGCUUCUAUCAGAUGGAGCCUCUGGUUGACCCUGGAGCCCUGAGUCAGAACCUCCCGAGACACGGACAGCAGGGGCUUCUUCCGGGUCUCAUGUGCAGGGGCAGAGGCUCCCUAACUUCCUCUCUUCCAAAGUCCCCGUCUCACAACUGUGGUCAGAAGGCCCUUCCUCAACCCUGCCUUCCUGCUGCGGUUUUAGCCCAUUUCUUUGCAUCACAUCCUCUGCCAAGCUACUGGGUCGGCUCUGCACUGGGCUUUCCUCAAAGCAAAGAAAGUGGGCUUGCUGCGAAGGCUGACAGCAACCAGACCUGGGGCUGGGGACCCUGGAACAGGGGCAGGUCUGGGAAUAGGCUACGCCACUCUGCCCCAGCCUUGAGAUUGGCACCAGCUUCCCACCGGUACCCAGCAAAGCCUGGAAGUCCUCGCAGUGGCCACGGACCCUACAUCUUGGGCAGUACCUCCUCACUAGGGGUCAUGUUCAUCAUUCCAUUGACUAUCAUCCUACUGUCAGUGGCGCUGGCUGUGGGGCUUCCAGGCAACAGCUUUGUGGUGUGGAGCAUCCUGGUAAAGAUGCGGAAGCGCUCUGUCACUGCCUUGUUGGUGCUGAACCUGGCCUUGGCAGACUUGGCUGUAUUGCUUACCGCCCCCUUUUUCCUCUACUCUGUGGCCCAGGGCGCCUGGGGUUUUGGACUGUUUGGCUGCCGCCUGUUUCACUAUACCUGCGGAGUCAGCAUGUACGCCAGCGUCCUGCUGAUCACCGCCAUGAGUCUGGACCGCUCGCUGGCAGUCGCCCUCCCCUUCGUGUCCCAGAAGUUUCGUACCAAGGCCGUUGCCUGGUGGGUGCUAGGAAUCAUCUGGGUGAUGUCCUUUCUGCUGGCCAUACCUGUCAUUAUGUACCGCAACGUGAGCUUGAGACAGGACAACCAGACCCGCUGCUUCCCAACGUACUCCAGCGAGCGAGCCAAGGCAUUCCAUCUGCUCUUCGAGGCCCUCACCGGCUUCCUGCUGCCCUUCCUGGUGGUGGUGGCCAGCUACUUGGACAUCAGGCGCCGGCUGCAGGCCCGGCGCUUCCGCCGCAGCCGCCGCACGGGCCGCCUGGUGGUGCUCAUCAUCCUGGCCUUCGUCGCCUUCUGGCUGCCCUACCACUUGGUGAACCUAGUCGACGCGGGCCGGGUGCUAGCGGGCAGGGGCGCGGCGCCCAUGGGAGACCCGCUGUUCCUGGCGCGCCACGUGUUCAUCGCGCUGGCUUUCCUGAGCAGUAGCGUGAACCCCGUGCUGUAUGCAUGCGCCGGCGGUGGACUUCUGCGCUCGGCCGGCGUGGGCUUCAUCGCCAAGCUUUUGGAGGGCACCGGCUCUGAGGCGUCCAGCACCCGCCGCGGGGGCACCCUGGGCCAGACGGUGAGGGGCGCUCCCGCCCCUUCAGAGGCUGGCCCCUCUGGGAGCCUCGCCGACUCCAUCGACGCUCUCCAGUGAAGCGAACUGAACUAGCCCUGGGGGUUGCUGGCGGUGCUGCUGCUGCUGCUGGUAGAAGGACGCUGGCGGUCCUCGUGGCAGAAUGUUCCCCACAUUGGCCUGACCCAGUUUACCUCGAGGAGUAAGAGGAGGAGGAGGAGGAGUAGAACGGGAGUGGGGUGGAGCG